CCCCCAGAUUAUUACCCCUUCCCCCCUCUUCCCGUCUGCAUGGCAGCAUCGCCUGCACCGCCCUCCCUCGCCGCCGCCGCUGCCGCCGGCGAUUCAAUCCCUCCCCUCGCCUCGCCUGCUCCGGCUCCCUCCGGUCCCGGCCCCCGCUCCCUUCGGUGAUCGCGGGGAAGCCUACUGAUCAGCUCAGUGAAGCUCGCGCACGCCGCCGGCUGACCGGCCGAGCCGAAAGCGACGCGCGACCUCCCCGCCGGCCGCCGAUAGCUCCGCGGGUUCGCCGUUCGGCGAGCUGGCUCCCGGCUUUGUUCGCGGGAGUCAUUCGAGCAGCGGACCGAAGCCGGUUCUCGCCGUCUCUUCUUUCGCCGUCUCGCUUCGCCCGCUGCGGGCCGGUCGCGGCGUUUUGACCCGUUGACCGGGCUCGAGCUUCGGGAGGAGGUCGUUUGGGGCUUUGGUCGGGAUUGGAUUCUACCGGAAAUUUGCGCGCCGUUGGGGGUUUUUUGAUGUCGGAGGAUGGGGUCGUCGCAGAAGUGCAUGAAUGUGCUGUGCGAGGAGAAGGGGUCGACCGAGUGGAAGAGAGGUUGGCCCCUCCGAUCUGGUCAACUCGCCACCCUCUGCGAUAAGUGCGGGUCUGCAUUUGAACAGGCCACGUUUUGCGAAGUUUUCCACUCGAAGGACUCUGGAUGGAGGGAGUGCGCUUCCUGUGGCAAGCGCCUGCAUUGCGGAUGCAUUGCUUCGAGGAUGCUGCUGGAGCUGCUCGAUUGUGGCGGGAUCAACUGCGCGACCUGUGCGAAAAGUUCAGGACUUCUGCCUAUCGCAAGUGAUGAGAGGCCUAGUGAGUUUGGCAUGAUUAAUGUUCGUACUGGUGAACUGCAAUCUAGUACCACAGACAACCAUUUCGAUAGCGACGAGGUUGAUAAACUGAAGCUUAUUCGAUUGAGAAGCAGUACAGAUGAUUCUGGCCUGGGGCAGUCGCUUCUGACUCAGUACAAUGACACAAACAGAUCACAUGAACCAACGAACAGGGAAGGAGUUAUCAAUACGCCUUCUGCAUUAGAAAUGGGUGGCUCAUGUUAUCUGCUAUCAAGUAAAGCAUCCAAUGGAGCAACUCAUGCUUCCCAACCAGACAUUUUAAAAGCAAAUAUAGCAGCAAAAGAGUUUGAUGAUCCCCAUGCGCGGACAGACCUCAGCAUGACCAUUGGCGUCCCUUUAGGAAAAUCAUAUCCAUCUUUAAGGGACCACAGUACAACUCCAUCACUAUCACCGCAAGGACCAAAAUCUCGCCAUGUUUUGCAUAAGCCACCUAAGCCGGCCUUUGCAAGUGGAUUUGAGUCAAAUGCCAGUGUUGUUUCACAAAUACGAGUUGCAAGGCCGCCUGCUGAAGGUCGUGGGAGAAAUCAAUUGCUUCCUCGUUAUUGGCCUCGGAUUACUGACCAGGAGUUACAACAAAUAUCUGGAGAUUCAAAUUCCACAAUUGUGCCACUGUUUGAAAAGGUUCUGAGUGCCAGUGAUGCGGGUCGAAUUGGCCGUUUAGUAUUGCCAAAAGCUUGUGCUGAAGCUUAUUUUCCACCCAUUUCUCAACCAGAGGGCCUUCCUCUGCGGAUUCAAGAUGUAAAGGGAAAGGAGUGGGUGUUUCAGUUCAGAUUUUGGCCCAAUAAUAACAGCAGAAUGUACGUGUUGGAGGGUGUAACUCCUUGCAUACAAUCUAUGCAGUUACAAGCUGGAGACACUGUAACUUUUAGCCGCAUGGACCCUGAAGCGAAACUUAUAAUGGGUUUCCGGAAAGCAUCAACCUCUAUGAUGCAGGACAGCCAACUAGCUGCUGUUUCUAACGGUAACCAUUCAAGUGAAGCUUUGAUUUCUGGUGGUUUUGAAAAUGUACCUAUGAUAAGUGGGUAUUCGAGUCUCCUUCAUUCAUUUAAAGGAAGCACAGAUCCCCAACUAAAUGCACUAUCCAAGCACUGGAGUUCAGUUAGUGGUGAUAUAAGUUGGCAAGGCACUGAGAAACAUGGACUCCCUAGGGAUGCCUUCUUGCUUCCCGGAAUGUCGGCCCCAGAGAGGAAAAGAGCACGCAACAUUGGGUCCAAAAGUAAAAGGCUGUUGAUUGACAGUCAAGAUGCUCUUGAGCUGAAAAUGACAUGGGAAGAACUCCAGGAUUUGCUUCGGCCACCGAGUGUUAACCCAAGCAUUGUUACAGUUGAAGACAAACAUAAAUUUUUAUUGCAAUAG